AUGUUACAAGUUUCGAGUGAAGAGGAUUGGGAUCGUUUCUAUACUCCAAGUGGUAUAGAGGAACAACAGGAAGAAGAUGAAGUUCUCUAUCAACUAUUAAAAAGAGGAUGUGUUGGAGAAUUAGAAAACAAAGAUGAUCUUGAUCAAUUAAAGUCAAUGCUAUUGGAUCAGUCGAUUGAAGAUAGACAUCGCGCACAAUAUAAAGCAAGACAUUCAAUAUUCCCAAUGAAUGAAGACGAAAAAGAUAAAGAUAAAUCAGCAAAUUUAGUUCAAUUUUCAAAAUAUCAUAUCGACUUUGGAUUAAAAGAAGGUGAGAAAUGCAAAGUUGGUGCAGUAUUAAAAGAUAAGAUUCGUGUCAGUAACAGAGGAUCGAGCAAAGUCACAUUUAAUUUCUUGAAUUUGCCAAACAAUAGCAAUACGAUUAGACUUAGUUUCACACCAUCGACUGGAACCAUCAAGAAGAAUUCCGCUGCCGAUAUCUUUGUUGAGAUGACUGUGCUGUGCACCACUAGAGUUCGUGAGCUGAUCACAGUGGACACUGGCGCUGCUGGACGACAUCUUUUUACAAUUAAAAUAGAUUCUAAAAUGUCACAAAUUCUCGACUACAAGGAAAUCGAAAUUGGACCUGUCAUUGGUGGUGGUGGAUACGGUGCCAUCUAUAAAUCACGUUGGAGAGGUCUAGCUGUUGCCGUCAAGGUUAUCUCCGAGAUGGGUGAUGGUUCAGAGUUUGAAAAAGAAUUGGAAAUGCACAAAGAAUUAUUACAUCACCCAAAUAUAGUUCAUUUCGUUGGUUGUUGUGCAUUUCCAAAGUGUUUGGUUUUGGAAUAUGUAGAAGGUGGUAGUUUAGAUAAAUAUCUUGGUGAUCAACAUACACAAUUUAGUCCGGAAUUAAGAUUAAAAAUGGCAUAUGACAUUGCUAAAGGAAUGUGUUUUCUUCACAGAAAUGAAAUUUUACAUUUGGAUUUAAAGCCACAAAAUUUUUUAGUUGUUUCACUUUCUUUACAGGCACCGGUUUCUAUUAAAUUGGCAGAUUUUGGAUUGGCUACAUCUUCGACAAGAUCGUUCUACGGUGCAACUGUGGAAGGAUCGUUCCUCUAUAUGUCACCAGAGGUAUUCACUCAAAAGAAGUUCUCAAGAGCAGCCGAUGUCUGGAGUUAUGGUGCUUGUCUGAUUGAAAUUCUGACUGGUAAGCGUCCAUACCAAGAGUUUGACCAGCUUGGAUAUCUAGAAUUGGCAAGAGUCCGUGAGGAAGGUCAGUCACCAACCAUACCCUCAGAGAUUGACCCCGAUAUGCGAAAGCUGAUCGAAGCCUGUUUCCAUCGUGAUCACACCAAGCGACCAUCAUUUGAAAAUAUAGAAUCAUUUUUAGAACACAAAUGCGAAGAAAUCAUCAAACUGUCACAAUCGUCCGAGCCAGUUCAUUCCGGAUCCGGAUUCUUUGGAAGUGGUGCUGGUAGUAUGUUUUUCAAUCAACUUUCUUCAUCACCAUCACCCUCAUCUGUACAACAUCAACCACAACAACCAUCUUCAUCAUCACCACACCAAUUUGGAUUCACAGCACCACCUUCUGCCACUGGCAGAAAAUUACCACCCACUCCCAACAAACCAAUUAUCCCACCAAGAAAUCAAAUCAAUAAAUCAAACGAUAUGUCAAGCUCGCCAGCCUCACCAGAUACCACCGUCAUCAACAAGGCUACUCGCGCCAUGACCGACGUUGGUAUCGAGCAACCACAACGCUCUGAACUGCCACUACAAAGAUCAGUCACCAUUUCAACUCCGUCAUCCUCUAGUUUCAUUGUGCAUCAUCAACAGCUGAAAAAUGCAGCCGCCGCCGCAGCAGCCGCAGCAGCAGCAUCAUCAAACUCUACACCCAAUAAUUCAACACCAACUACAAAUCCAGCAUUUAUCACAAGACCUUCUACACCAACACCACCUCCAAGACCACGUCCACAAACACCGAUUAAUAACAAGAGUGCAAACAGCAGCAACAUCGAACAUCCAACACCCACAACACCAAUCACCACCACCACCACAAAAUCAGCACCGACUUCACCGACUCAACCGAUUCAAAUUAAUACACCAAGUCACAUUGUUCAAAACAAUGGUUUUCUCAACAAGCAAUCCUCUACUUCACAUCUACCAAGUCAAUUCACACCAAUUCACAAACCGCCAGUUCGUUCUACUUCUGCGAUAGAUAUCAAGCAAUCGACAACAACACCAACAUCAACACAUACACCAGAAAUUCAAAGUAAUUUCAACAACUUAAACAUUAGAUCGCAAUCACCGAUUAUUAGCGAGCACGACAGUAACCUCAAGAUCUCAGAGCUACGAUCACGUUCGCUCAAAGUACUUCGCGAUCUCUACAUCUCUUUCACCGAAACCAUCAAGCAGUUCUCUCAAGUCAAGUCGCUGAAGGAGUGCAUUGAACUUGGUCAGCGUGUACGUGACUUUAAGAAGGACAUUGAGCAGCUCUGCCAAGAACAUCUCAGUCAGAACUGGGAUUCCAUUCAAGAGAGUGUCAAAGCGACCAAUAAACGAUCGCAACUAGGUAACCAGGUAGGAUCGCCACAUCCCUCCCACUUUGACGGUGAUACCUAUAAUAAGGUAAUCAUCUUCCGUGAUGCCGCCAUCACCGUUGGUGAGUCAGCACUCGAUUCCAUCUACUACCUCAUGACGCUGCUCUCACCAAACAGCAAUCCCACCACUACCGCUUCUUCGUCGACGUCAUCCUCUUCAAUGUCAUUCGUCAGUGGCAGUCCAUCGACCUCCGAACUCUCUGGAGCGAGCAACACCAAAGUAUUUUCACAGAGUGACAAAGAAAUAAUUCUUAAAAUAGCUAAAAUCACAAGAGCUGUAAAAGCAAGAUAA